AGAUGAAUAAUGUGGGAUUUACUAACAUGGGAAAAGUCAUAACAAUACAUCGUUUUGAUUGAUAAUCUUCGCAACUGCUUGCGGACAGGGCCUCCUUUGGGGCUGGAUUGUUCUUUUAGUUGAUGUUUGCAACGUGAUUUCGAUGAUCCCAUGCAUCUCCCCCUUUCCCCUUCAGGAUAGAGCGCAGCGCAUAAAUCGCUUGCUUCUGACUGCAACCUUGCUAUGGCAAUGUACUUGGAGACCUCACCUUCUGGAGACGGCAGGAAAAUACAACGUGGUUUAGACAUGAAGACGCACGGUCCGUUUGUCGAAGGUCACCAGACCAGACCAUGGAGCAAAAUCGGUCUCUUAACCUAGAGUCACCUCUUAACUAUGGAACCGCCCUUCCUGCUUCGCGAAGACGAGGAGGAUGUUGGCGAUGAAUGUAGUGGAAUUCGAUCGCGUCAGAACUCUGUUGGUGUGAAGAGUGUGAUCGUCGUAAUCGCGUAAUGUUUAGAUGCAGGGUACGGAUUGUUUUCGAAGUUGUUGGGGUCGUGAAUUUUUGAGAUUUUGCCAGCUCAUGUGAAAGGAAUGACAACAUCGGUGGCUCUGCACCGGGCUUUUUAUACUGGUUGGCGACAUUCCACUGUCGCCUCCAUUUGCUCAAUUGCAGCACAGUUCAAGAAGGCUCUACCUUUGCUGGAUUCGGAGAGCACCUUUGGCGAGUUCGAAGGCCCAGUAGCAGCUGUUGCCUUGAGAGAAGCAGUCGAGGAUACAGAUGUGGCUCGCACUCCAUCCUCCACCUCAGGGAAGCAGCCUAUGCAAGUGCAACUGAAAGUGCUGAGAGGAAAACAACAUGGUCUUCACGACAGUCUUAUACCGAGAUCAACAUGGAGAGUUCUAGAUAAUCUUCAUGAUGCAGGUUAUGAAACAUAUCUCGUUGGUGGCAGUGUUCGUGAUCUGCUGUUGGAGCAGGUUCCGAAGGAUUUUGACGUUUUGUCCACAGCUGAGCCGAAUCAAGUGAAGAAGAGCUUCCCAGGAAGAUGCUAUAUAGUUGGGAGGAGGUUUCCCAUAUGCCAUGUGUACUCGAGUAACACCAUAAUUGAGGUUUCGAGUUUCAGCACUCAGCUUCGAAAUAAGAAAAAAGAAGUAAUAGCUAAACCGAAGAAAGUGAGUUCAAAUGAUACUGUUGUUAGAGGGACUGAAGGAUGGGACGAAAGAGAUUUUGCUCGGUGGGAGAAUUCCAUGAAACGGGAUUUUACAAUCAACGGGCUCAUGUAUGAUCCUUUUAAGCAUCUCUUGUAUGACUAUGUCGGCGGCCUGCGAGACUUGAAGAAGUUCAAGGUGCGGACUGUAAUUCCUGCUGACGAAUCCUUCGCAGAAGAUACCGCUAGAAUACUGCGAGCAAUCAGAAUCGCCGCACGACUUGGAUUUACGUUCACCAGGAGUACUGCUCGUGCUAUUAAAGAUCAACGGUUUUCUCUCUUGAAACUAAACAAGGGCAGGUUGAUGUUGGAAGCGAAUAUGUUUUUCGCUUACGGGGCUGCAGAGCCUUCCUUGAGACUCCUGUGGAGAUACGGAGUGCUUGAAUUAAUCCUCCCUUUGCAGGCCGCUCAUUUUGUGGAAACUAACUUCAGGAGGCGAGAGGAAGGUUCCAACUUCCUUCUUGACCUCUUUAGAAACCUGGAUAAAGUGGUUGCGCCGGAUCGACCCUGCCACGGUUCAUUAUGGGUAGCGUUACUGGCGUUUCAUCUUGCUACUACCGAGGGAAAGUGUAGUCCCGUUGUGAUCGGAGCUGCUGCAUUAACCAUGUACCAUACGACCAAUAGACAGAAAGCAGCAGAGAAAGCAAUACGGAUACAUGCAAAACUGCACAAACAGGUGGUAAGUCCCGGAGGAGAGGCGGAAAGCAUUGAUUCAGCUCCAGUGAGCAAUGAAACCGUUUUGGAAGAAGCCACAGUGCUUGUGGAGAAUGCCAAAGCUUGUCUGAAUCGAAUGAUGGACGCUGCGGUGACAACUCAAGUCAUGCAAGAGCUUACAGGGGCUGAACCUGAAGAUUCGAUAGCUUUGGCUCAGGCGUUCUCUCAGAAGGCGCUUGGAUUGUUUAGGGGGGCAGUAAGAGAUGAACUUGGAGACUUCAAUUCCAAGCAUCGGCAGGAAGCAUUGAAGAGAGAAAGCGGAAAGAGAAGCCCUCCUGAUGCUGAAGCUAUUACCAGAGGGGACGUAGAAGCCAUUAGUUACCUGUUCUCACGAAUUGUUUUGAAUACCUUGUAUCCUCGAGAAGUUAAGACAUAAUUCGAUGUCACUCGGUGUCUCUCCUUGUUUUCUGUCGGUAUUAUUCUUCUUGUCACUUGAUUAUUAUCAUGUACCUGGAGCAGUUGAAGUUGCUAGGCACAUAUAAUAAACUGGCGAAGUUCAACUCGUGCUUUCGACCGACCUUUCUUAUGCAAUUUUCUAGCGUCUAAACCCCAAAGGCAAUCUCGUGGUACCAGCAAUGGAGGCCUAAAACACAUUGCUAGGUAGUUAUCUUGGCAGACUUUCAACUAGAAACUUCAGCUGGAUGUGGCACGCAGAAAAUGAGGGGCUGAAAUUUGUAGCAUAUUACAGUUAUACAGCGGCAAAUGAGGUCAGUUGACUUUUCUACUUAUACAAAACACAUAUACCACGCAAGAAAGAUAACCGUUUUUUCCCCAAAUAUUCCCAAGUACACUUGGGAAUGUUUUCAUAAGGCCAGUAGAAAGAAGUUGCAGUAUUGUUUGAAGAAAAAAGUUUACCGUAUUGAACAAA